AUGACAAUUGGUCCGGAACCCACAGGCUACCAAAAGGCCACUCGUCUCAUCAUGGACCCGACACAUCUAGACAGCUCACGAGCCGAGGCCAUUAUAGCAUUUGCUAGGGAAACUCAGGAUCGGGUUUCUGAAAAUAACAGCUUCAAUGAGGCCCUCGACCUCGAUGCACUCUGUAACCUUGACAAUUUCCUCAACGACAUCCAUCUGCCACGGGCAGCGGUCCCGCAUGCCUUUCGUCGUCAAAUGGAUCACGAAGGUGUUCAACUGUGGAACAUGUGUGUGCAGCGAACGCUACAUCUUGAAGAUAAAAGGAAGAUGAAGCUGGUUUGCAAGGGUAUGGCGAUAUGGACGACAGAAUUCCUGGGCUUGACUGAUUCGGUACAGUGA